ACCGGGCGAGCGCGUGACUGUGAUUGGAGCAUUACUAUAGGCUUUGAGCAGGGGAUUGGGUGGCUCCACGACGCGGUUCAGCCCCGCGCAUCGUCGCGUAACAUUAUGUCCGUGCCUUUGAUUUCAUUCACACAACUUUACAAUUUUAUUUUCCCUGGUCGUGUAUAACUUCUUUUUAUUUAUUAAGGUGACUUGUUUGAAAUGGCAGAAGAACGGUUAUUAUACCCCGACGGAAAACUCAAAGGGCACCUCACUCCUUCCCUCCUGGCAGUCGCUCUCAUCACCUCUUUUGGCUCCUCCAUGCUCUAUGGAUACAACUUGGCAGUUGUGAACUCUCCGGCAGAGUAUAUUAAAGCCUUCUACAACCACACGUGGGUGAUGCGUAACAACACAAGUCCAUCCAAGGACUCCCUCAUACUGAUGUAUUCACUGACAGUGUCUGUAUUUGCCAUCGGAGGACUCAUUGGCUCACUGUUGGUGGGGACGCUUGUGACGCGACUGGGCAGGAAAGGGACCCUGGUCAAUUCCACUUUGCUGGUCUUUGCUUCAGGGAUUCUGAUGGGAUUCAGCAGGAUCUGCAGCUCACCUGAAAUGGUCAUCAUAGGGAGGCUGAUCACUGGCAUCCAUUCAGGCAUUUCUCUGAGUGUGGUACCAAUGUAUCUGGGGGAGAUAGCACCAAAAAAUCUGAGAGGCUUUCUCGGUCUAAUACCAAGCAUCUUCAUCUGCAUUGGGGUCUUUGUUGCGCAGGUUCUUGGACUCCAUGAGCUAUUGGGAAAGGAGGAGCACUGGCCACUCUUCUUAUCCUUGAUUGUGGUGCCAACUUUCAUACAGCUUCUGCUUUUGCCCUGGUUUCCUGAGAGCCCUCGAUACCUGCUGAUUGACAAGUCCAACAUCCAUGCCACCGUCACAGCUCUCAAAUGGUACCGGACCAAAUGCAACAUUCAAGAGGAGAUUGAGGAGAUGCAGGAAGAGCAGCGCUCCCUCUCCUUCCUCGACUCUGUCUCUGUUCUGCAUCUCUUCCUGGACAAGUCUGUGCGCUGGCAGCUGCUCUCCAUCAUUGUUAUCAACAUGGGCAUGCAGCUGUCUGGCAUCGACGCGAUCUGGUUUUACACCAAUACUAUUUUUGAGAAUGCUGGCAUUCCCAAACCUCAAAUCCAGUACACGACAGUUGGGACAGGAGCUAUUGAGGUCAUUGCAGGGCUUAUUGGGUGUUUUACCAUUGAAAAGCUGGGAAGACGGCCUUUAAUGAUUGGAGGCUUCAGUUUCAUGGGAAUAUGCUGCGCAGGGAUAACUCUGUCAUUAAUUCUGCAGACUCGUGUUGCCAUCAUGCGCUAUGUCAGUGUCAUUUGUGUGGUCGGGAUCAUCGCGGGAUUCUGCAUAGGACCAGCUGGUGUCCCAUUCCUUAUGACGGCUGAGCUCUUCACACAGUCUCACCGCCCAGCUGCUUACACGAUAGGAGGCUCGCUCAACUGGAUAUCUAACUUUACUGUUGGCUUUGUCUUCCCUUUUCUGCAGAUGUCUGCAGGGGCUUUCUGCUAUCUUGUAUUUUGUGGCAUCUGCGUAGCAGUUGCAGUCUACGUGUUCUUUGUCAUCCCCGAGACCAAAAACAAGACCUUUGUGGAAAUCAGCAAUAUGUUUGCCACUGAGGAAACUUCACACCUCAUCCCCGCUGUCCACAACAAUUGUGAAGCAGUCAAGUUGAAGAAAUUUAAUGGUUAUGGGACCGUAGAGAGUGGCUCUUUGGAGUUUGACAGCUCUCUGUCCUAUCCCUAAAUGCGAAAAGAUAAAUCUCUGGAAGGGGAAAAUAGGCCUGCUGCAUUCUCCACUUUCAGUGGGACCAAGUGGAGAUUCACUUGUAGGAAGAAGCAAUGGGAAGUGCUCAGCACCAUCUCAAAUAUCAUAAUGUGUACAGAACGAAAGUUCCAUAAUAAGCAUUAAGUUUUUGUAUACAAUUUAUUAUCUGAAUAAACCUAUCCUAAGUUUAAAUGUU